AUGUAUUUCGUACAAGAGGGGGGUGGAAGAGGUACGGCGUCUGCUAGACAAAUUCAUGGGAGUAACAAUGGCACUGGCGGAAAUGAUAUCAACGGUGUUGUCUGCUUUAGACAGAGGCUCAUUGCAUAUGGGGCUGAUGAAGAGACAGCAAGUGAACUCGACGAAAAAGAUGACUUCACAUCUGAUUUAACAAUAAUCCCACAAUUAGAUAGGGCUGUUUGGCGAACUCUUUUCUGGUACGAGCAGUCAUCAAUUUACGAAGCAGGAAGAGAAUUCUUGAAAAGAGGCUUGUUGACUGAAUUUAUGAAGUCAUUCAACUUCGAACGAACCAGAAUGCUAGCGCUAGUGGUAGCGUCGACGCCUUCCCACCCAUGUUACACACUCAAAUACACUGCACUACGCCCACUGAGACGGGGAAUGCAGUUUACUCAGUGA